UAAGGAAACGUGAUUGACAAACAUUGCUAUCCAAUCGAAACUGAGGACAGUGCAUGACAGCCCAAUCGGAGGGCGUAAAGGAGACCGACGUGUUCACCACCCACCACGCUUUGCGUUGCCCGGAGCCACCGCAAACGAGGGCUAACGAGGAGGAAGCUAAGUGCUGAAAGAGCGAGUUUGAUUGGUCUAUCGUAAAUCUUCUAAAUGAAACCCUACUUGUGAUUCGUCCAAAGUAGACCAAAGCUCCGGUGAGCCGAAUGGAGUGCAAGAUGUGAACCCGGUUCAUGCUCAGAGCCUCAUUUCCAGUAAGCUUACAACGGAACACCCCAAUCUAUUUCCAUUGUGUUUAAAUCACCAGGAUGACUGGCAUGGUGCUGGGAGUGGGUGCUGGCGUGUUCCUCCUUGCUCUGAUCUGGGUGUUGGUGCUGCUGCUGUGUGUGCUGUUAUUCAGAGCCUCUGGGAUAGCUAGGUUCUCCAUCGUCUUCGUCUUCCUGGGUGCUCUGAUCAUUACUGCAGUUCUAUUGCUUUUCCCUCGAGCCAGUGAAUUCCCAGCCCCAGAGGUGGAAAUGAAGAUUGUGGAUGCCUUUUUCAUUGGCCGCUAUGUCCUGCUGGCUUUCCUCAGUGCUGUCUUUCUCGGAGGCCUCUUCUUGGUUCUUACUCAACAUGUGCUGGAACCAAUCUAUGCCAAACCACUGCGGUCCUGCUGAGUGCGGUACUGGAAACAUGGGACGCUUUUAUGUCCAGGAUGAGCACAGAAGCACGCUCCGGAGCCUUGAUGACAGCCUUCAUGUCUUCAAACCAGUGGAGUGUUUGUCUGUCACUAAGACAAAGCCCUUGAGCCCCGGCUUUCAGAAGACUCUGUGGGCGGAGGUUGUCACUGUCCGGUACCCAUACUGCAGGGUUCCUGUCUGGUGUGAAUGGAAAGUGGUAACUAUGAUCUGCUGGGGGCAGCUGUUGAGUGAAGCCAUUAGUCGAAGAUCUAGGGAGAAGGAGGUUGAGGCUCUGUUGGCCAAUGGAAGAGCCUGGUCCCUGUUGAUAACGUCUAAGUUCUUAGUUGAAUAUUUGGAGCCAUUUGAAGGAGAAAGGCGUUCAGACACAAAGGCUGCGUUGCCGCGACAGCUGGGAAGUUGUGUCGGGCAGAGGUUAUUGACCACUCCUUAUGUGAUUCCACAGAGCCUUAUAAAAGCAGUGCGUGGCAUUUGCCUGAGUCCUAAUAAAGCAAUAAACAAUGACCACAGGGCUUUCUCUUCAAACUCCUGCCUACAGCUUUUGUAUAUUUACAUUUUGAGUUUGCUUAGAGAUUAAAAGAGAGAGAGAGAGAUGGGAAUGUUAAGUGUCUCCCUGCUGCGUAUCUUGGGUCUUCUUCUCCCAGGGUUUGGUGGCCUCUCAAUACCUAAUUUAAGUAUUUAGUAUCACGUAAGAGUCCUCAAGCCGGGUGCUGGUGACUCAGGCAGAGGCAGGUGAAUCUCUGUGAGUUCAAGGUUAGUGUGGUCUACAGAGUAAGUUCCAGGACAGACUCCAAAGCUACACAGAGAAACCCUGUCUCAAAAAACAAAAACAAAAACACAAACAAACAAACAAGAGAGGCCUCUUUGGGCUUUGGCCUUUUCAUUUUUCCUUUGGCAGUAUUGGGAAUUGAACCUAGGGUUUCACACGUGAUAGGUAAGUAUUCUACCAUCCUACCCUUCAAUUCACUUUUUAUCUUGAAGAACAAUUAUACUAGUUUACCAGGCUGCCUUGAACUUUCUUUCCCUGUACACCAGACAGGCUCUGAACCUGCCGUCCUACCUUAGUUUGCCAAGUCCCUGGGGUUUUAGGCCUGAACCAUCGGGCCUGACUCUUUUUAUCUUGUUCAUCAAUUUGUUAGUUGGUUGGUUCUUUGAGGUCGGGUCUCACUAGGGAUCCUGGGCUGGCUUGAAAGCCAUCUUGAGUACUACAAUUACAGGUGUGUCCCAACAUGCCUACCUCUCUGUUUUCAUCUUGGGAAUUCUUUCUCCAAAGUUAGUAAGGAAUGUGUAUUCUCAGCAUUAUAACUUUACAUUUGUCUAAUUUCCCAGAUCAAUAAAAUUUGUCACUAAAUGGGAUGGAGGGUCUGGUCUGGUUCUGCUUUGGAAGUGCCAUCCUGCCUGUCUCUAGCAGAGUGAAGAGGAGCCUUCUAGUCUGAGAGGCAGGAGAACAAGCUGGAGAGAUGUUGGUCAGAACCUAAGUGUGCUUUUUCUAAGUUUGGGCUUCCUUGCUUCUUUCUGUGAAGCCACUGCCCUCCCUGCCAUGGUGCCAGCUGCCAGUCCUGGAUGAAUGUGGCUCUCACAGAGCCUUGUUCUUCUGCAUGCUCCUCCUCCAGGCGGCUGCCGAGAUCAACAGCCUACCUAGCCUGCGGUUUUGGGUUUUCAAUCCUAAUAAAAUUGCCCUUGAGCUUAAAAAUA